ACUAGUGAUGAAUAUGUGUGUACACCAUAUCUGGUUUUGCGCUGCAAGUGUCGUGACCCUCACACAGUUGUGCUGUCUGAGAGGUUAUGUUGUACAAAGGGCAAUAAAAGAAGGGCAGUUUUAUCCCAGCAGUAUGCCUCUCAGUUCCUGGUGAGGAAACGUCGAGCAAAUUCUUUUAUGGAAGAAAGUAAGAAGGGAAACCUAGAAAGAGAGUGCAUUGAAGAAUUAUGCAAUAAGGAAGAAGCCAGGGAAAUCUUUGAAAAUAAUCCUGAAACUGAGUACUUUUAUCCCAAAUAUUUAAACUGCCUUGCCUCCCAUCGAGCAGGGAUUUUCAGGGUUACUGCAGUUACUCCAGAUUCUCCAGCUGACCUGAGGGCUUGUGUCAAAGAAAUUUCAAACCAGUGUAGCCCUCUGCCAUGCCAUAAAGAUGGAUAUAAGGAUUGCAUAGACGGACAAGCCAAAUAUACAUGUGUCUGUAAACCAGGAUGGCAAGGAGAGAAAUGUGAAGAAGACAUAAAUGAAUGUGAAGACUUAAAUGGAGGUUGUAGCCAACGCUGUUCUAAUUUAGCUGGAAGCUACCGUUGUUUAUGUGAAGAUGGCUACUUCAUGCAUUCAAAUAAACGGGAUUGUGGAGAUAUAAAUGAAUGUGUGUUACAUCCAAACAUCUGUGGGACAGCUGUCUGUAAAAAUACUCUGGGGAAAUAUGAAUGUGAAUGUGCAAAAGGCUACACAUAUAAUUCAACUUCCAAGAACUGUGAAGAUAUUGAUGAAUGUGCUGAAAAUGUUUGUGCUCAACUCUGCGUAAACUCUCCAGGAAGUUAUAGCUGCUAUUGUGAUGGCAAGAAAGGGUUCAAGCUCUCUAAGGACAUGAGGAAUUGUGAGUCUGUUACUGCGUGUAUCCCACUGAACCUUGAAAAGAAUUAUGAACUGCUUUACCUGGCAGAGCAAUUUGUAGGAAUUCCUGUUCUGUACUUAAAGUUUAAAUUGCCAAAUGUCACAAGAUUUACAGCAGAAUUUGAUUUCCGGUCAUAUGAUGCAGAGGGAGUUAUACUAUAUGCAGAAUCCCUUGACAAUACAGCAUGGAUCCUGCUUGCUCUUCGUGAUGGGAAGAUUGAAAUUCAAUUCAAGAACGAAUUUGGUACAAAAGUCACCAGCGGAGGCAAAGCCAUUAAUGAUGGACUGUGGCAUAUAAUAUCAGUUGAAGAACUAGAACACAGCAUCAGUGUAAAAAUAGCUAAAGAAGCUGUGAUGAGUAUUAACAGCCCAGGAACUCUCUUUAAACAAUCACAGGGUUUCUUGGAAACUAAAGUGUACAUUGCAGGAUUACCUCGCAAAGAGGACAAUGCUCUUGUCAAACAGAUUAACCCUCGGCUAGACGGGUGCAUUCGUGCAUGGAACCUAAUGAAUCAGGGACAUUCAGGUGUAAAAGAAGUUAUUCAAGAAAAACAAAGUAAACACUGUUUGGUAGCAGUGGGGAGAGGAUCCUUCUACCCUGGCACUGGAAUGGCAAAGUUUCAGAUAAAUUAUAAUAAUCUUAACAGCGCUGAAGAUUGGCUAAUAAAUGUGACUAUGACUAUUCGCCCAUCCACAGACACUGGUGUUAUGUUUGCCUUGGUUUCUAAUGAAACAGUGCCUCUUGCUUUGUCCAUAGUGGACUCUAACUCCUCUGACUCACAGAAAAUCAUUGUAACCGUUGGAAACAUCACUGUGGCACAACUGGAAUCAAAGAAGUUAUGUACACCCAGAAAAGUGCUGGUUGGACUUCUAGUGACCAAACAGCAACUUGAACUGUCUGUUGAUUCACACACAGACAGAAGCACUUCAGAGCAACUGUCUAUCCUGCAUCAAGCAAUGAUGAAAAAUGUCUUUACCUACUUGGGUGGCCUGCCAGAUGUUCCUCUGGGUGCUACGUUAGUAACCGCUUUUUAUAAUGGCUGCAUGGAGGUGAAGGUCAACAACAGACAGCUGGAUCUGGAUGAAGCCAUUUCCAAACACAAUGACAUUAGAUCUCACUCAUGCCCACUGAUUAUGCAGUAACCAUUCAAUUCUUAAUUUAACUUUUUUCUUUCAGAUAUAAUUUGUGUAAUUAGUCUCAUGCCGUAAUGAAGCCUGUAUUAUUUUAUUCAAGAUGUGCCAGGAAAAUAAUCAACAGCGUGGUUUUCCUCCUCUUAUGUAGAAUAGGGGAAAAAUCCCUUCUCUUUUCAGCUGUAAAGAGACAAUCAAGAUCAAAAUUCUGUAAAAUGUUCUUCUAUUCAUAUCAGUGAUAAGUCUUAAAGCUAGAUUUAUCUUCCAUGUUCAGA